GAGGGAGUUUCGGUGAGUCACCGAAAGGAGAGAAAAACGAAAGGUCCAAAAUAAAUUGUAUUGUGAUUUGCUCUCCGCCACUCCGCAAUUAAAAUCAGUUACCUAAGGUAACUGACUCUCUUCUGAAGUCACCUUUGACUACAAUUGUUCCACCCCACUCGUGGCCGUCGCAGCACCUUGCAAAAGAACAAAUAUUCCCACUCCCCAGCAUGGCUUUCUCACUCGCUUCUCGCCGGGUUUUGAGUCCCGUUAAGACGCUGCGCAUCUCCACCCGGGCCUUCUCGAACCAUCCGGUUUUCCGCAGUGCCGACGACAAACCCGCUUUCGCAUUUGGACGCGGCCCAGCUCCUCCUCGUCUACCCAAGGAAGAACAAGAGAUCUUCGAAGAACUUCAAAAGAAAUCUACUGGCGCCUUUAGUACCCCACGGACGACCCCCCAAAUUAACCAGUCACCCCACUCCGAACCGGCCAACGAAAAUCCCGAGUUUAAGGCGUCAGGAAACGGGGAGGAACUUCACCCAGAUCUGCGAGGCGGUCUUCAGCCUGAAUUUGAGGGCGAACAGAAUCCUAAGACAGGCGAGGUCGGUGGGCCGAAGAACGAGCCACUGCGUUGGGGUGCUGAGGGUGACUGGAGCUACGGAGGUCGCGUCACUGAUUUUUAAGUGGCGGAGGCGAUGUAUCGUAUCGACGCGUUGUCGGCGAAGAAUUUCUUGAUUU